GUCCUCUUCUCCUUCAUUUAGAGACAUAAAGCUCUCCGUGGAGCUCCCCUGCUCCGCCGGUAAUGAAACUGGAUCCCUGAGCUCUCACUCUUUACAGCUCACAGGGGUUUGAGGAGCAGACAGACGGACAGACAGACGGACAGAGAGGGGCUGAUAGGAGCGGAGAGACCUUUAAAUUAAAACCUUUAAAUAACAAAAGGAGUCCUGGGAGAAGUCUGCAGGAGCUCUGCAGCGCUGAGGACCACAGAGGGUCUGGUCUGGAGGCAGGAGGAGGUCCCGGCUUUCACAGAGGAGGCAGGACUUUCUGGCUCGGAGUUGCGCUCCGACACCACAGGUCCGCUUUAAUAGCAGAGAGGGAGGAGAGGAGGCCGGUCCACAAACACAGAGACAGAGUGUGUGUGUGUAAGAGUGUGUGUGUGUGCGUGUGUGCGUCCCGGACAGUCGGCACUGAGCAUCCACGCGCCACACGGACUUGUGGAUACGGAGCGCAGACCCGGAAAACCUUCAGACUCACCGAGAGGAGACCUUCAGACCUGAACCUCUCCAGCUCUCCUACGUUUGUGCCGAAGGUUCUCCUGCCGUUUUGGACCGGACCCCCUUCUUCAGUCUCUCUCCAGGACUUGGACUGUCCCGAUGGUCUAAUUUCCCCCCCGGACCCCGGACUCUCCUCUCCUGACAUGAGCAGCCGGACUGUCUGCUGCUCUCCGGCGCGUCUUUGUCAUUUUAAUGUCGCUCUGAUCUCCGCGCGUCGUUUUACAUUUCAGCGCAAACCGACGAGCUGAGGAGGAGUUCCCCUCUCCUGCAGGAGGACAGACUGAACAGACCUCCUCACGUGGAUCUUGUUGGAUUGCUUUUACCCUCUCGUCCUCUUUUUUUGAUCCCUAAUCCUGAGGAUGUUGCUCCGCUGCUCGAACCCUUCCUCCUGGUCCACCUGUAGGUUCUUCUUCUGCUUUCUGCUGCUGCUCCUGACGCCCCGGUCCUCCUCUCCAUUAAUUACAGGUAAGAUUAAAGGGAAUCAAACGGCUCCUUAAUGACACAUCACUGAACCACCACCGUGCGUAAAAACCUCCCCAAAGCCCGGUCAUUUAGUCUGCAGCGUCUCCUCUCAGCUCUGUGUUUGACUUCUCCGAAUCAAAGUCUCUGCAGCUUCUUAUUUUGGGUUUCCAGAGGUAGAGAAGUUAACUGAAGGUUACCCAAACCGUUUAGUGGGACCAACACUUUGUCGAGAAAUCCAACAAUCACUAACAAGCUCCUCUAUAUCAGCAGUCUGAGUUUUAGUCGAGGAAAAAGAAAAUUUAAAGGCGUUCUUGAGGUUUUGGAGAGCGUUUUCAUUUUGAGUUUGCGGUGCAAAGAUGCUGAAAAUAGUCCCUGUUUCAGUUGAACCCGGUUAUCCUCCCUGCGAGGUGGAAACAGGGAGGAAAAAGCCACAAGAAUCCACCCUGGGUCUCUGCUGAUCUGCAGCUGAACUUAUUUGCGCUCAUAUGUCCUCCUGCCCCACAGAGACUCUGACUCCAGUUAACAUCAUUUAAAUCAGACAUGGACUCAUUAAAGGACUGAAAGUGUGAGACAGACUCUGUGUUUAGGCUCAGAAUCGGUCUUUUUCUUCGAUGGUUGUUUGCGCCUGGAGAGGUUGUAAUUAGCGCAGUUUUUUGACGCUAAAACAGGCUGUUAAGGUCGAGCCGUCCUCCUCCUCCUCCUCCUCUAACAGCUCCGGUUCAACAGUUUCUCUCUCUCCGCUGAAUCUCAGGGUCUCAUUUCCUCGCCCUGCAGCGCAGAAAAGAAAUGAGAAUCAAAUAAAAGGAAUGAAUGAAUGAAUGAAUGAAAGGUGGAGGUGGAGGUGGAGGUGGAGGUGCUGCGCACUCAGGCCGGGCUCCACUGCGAGCUGCCCCGCGUUCCUGCGCCCUAAUCAGCGGCGUGAGGGCGGACUCUGCCCCGCUGCUGCUGCUCCUGCACCGAUAUUAGAUUAUUCGAUUAUCCGGUCUCUCUGCGUCCACGGGUCACUCCAGGGUUCCUCUCUGACGACAGCAGCUGAUUUUCAGCCUAAUCUGGUUUAAAACAGUCUCAGAUAAACCUGAUCCAGAACAAAAACCUCCACAUGACGAAGAGGGAAGAAGACCGGGACUACUUUACGCACGUCCGCUCUCCUCCUGAUAAGACCAGGUCCUGAGGAUCAGGGUCCCCCUCUCCUGGCUGUUAUCUCUGCUCCUGGAGCAAAGAUGGGGAUCAGAUGAGGGGGCCAAACCUGGACCAGAUGGGUCUCUGGGGUUCAGCAUGUGUGUCUGUUUGACAUGAAACAGAGUCCGGGACCUCUCCGGAGGACUUCAGAGCUCUGCAGAUCCACCUGUUGUGGACACUUUGGGGGACUCUGAGGUCCUUAAGGUGGACAGAGAUCCCCCUCCGUGUUGUGGUGUCUUCUCUCUUUACAGACUGACACUCUGAGGUUUUCACUCUGAAGACUGGAACAUGAAUUUAAUCCACUUGAAUCCACAGAAACAGUCUCCGAACACCGUCCAGAACUUGACUGUCAUGUUCGACUUUAUUCACAUCUGAGAAUUAAUUCAACAUUUUGUACAAGACUGAAAAAUCCAGAUCUGAGUUUCUAAAAGUCCAUUUUAAAAGAAUAAAGUCAUGAUGAUUCAGUUCUUCUAUAAUCUCUAGUUUUAUCUCAGUAAAUGUUGUUUUUAUGGAUUAUUGUUGAGACUUUACUCGACAUUAUUGAUGUAAAAUAAUUCUAAUGCGUUGAUGUAUUUCAGUGUUGCAGCUGAUCAUGAAUAUUUGAUGUCAGAGAGCUUCAGUGGUUGAUUAGAGGUUCGCUCUAAAAACUCUCCUGCUGAUGCUUUUGGAGAGACAAAAACUCGAUACAGAGAGUUCUGCAGGAUAAACUUGUGAUUUUUUGUGUGUUUGGAGCGAAUGCUGCUCAGUCGGUGGUCCGGAUGUCAAGCCUGUCCUUGGGCGAGACAUGAAACGCCGCAUUUCUGCAGGUUUCACAGCCGACAGUGUUUGAAUGUGUGUGAGAGGGUUAUUUAGUGAGGAGUGAAGGAGGUCAAGAAGAUCAGAGAGAUAUUAAAGCUACAGUCAGGAGUUUUUAAGAUGACAGAGCAGCUGUUUAUUUUUAUGUGCAGAGCAGGAGCAGCAAAGACAGAAGAGGUGAUGUUUGGUCCACAGGGGGGCGCCAACAUCAACACAGACAGAAAGUUCCUCACAGAAGCUUUAAAGAAGAUCAGGCCUUUCAGCUUCCAUAGAGACAUGUUCAGGUACGACUCUUUAAACAGAAGGAGAUUCAUCAGACUGUCGAGGUUACACUAACACUAGGAGUUUGACAGAUCUGGACCUGGAUCUGAAGCAGAAGUGUCUGUUAAAGUCUGUGCGACCCGUAGAGUCAGAGACAGUCACUUCAAACUGCAGAGAAAUGAUUUUUAAAACGAUAUAAAACCACAAAAACAUAAAGUCACAGAGGAGAUCCGUGUCUGUUUGAGUCCUCUGCUCCGCCGUCUGUCCUCUUUUCUCGGUUUCUGCGUCGUCUCAGGUCAUCAUCUGUCUGUUCGGAGUCAAACGCCCUGCAGGGUUCAGGGAUUAAUAUACAUGAGAUUUAUGGAGGCCGUCUGCAGGUAGAGAGGGAUCCUGAUGGAGAGAUACGAGGAAGGAGAGGAAGUUAUUCUGUCAGACUGAAUAUGAGACCCCGGAGACCCAGACCCCCCCUCUCCUGCACCCUCCGACCCCUCUUAACCCCCCACCCCACCCUCCACCACCACUUACAGCCCUGCCAGUUUAAUUACACUUGAAGGCUGUAAAUUUUACAGUGUUGGUGGAGUCGGCAGGGUUCGUCUGCUCUGCCAGAAUCCACCGCCUGUGAGGAGACGAGAGGAGACGAGAGAGUUUACUUCAGACAGGUUUAGUUAACCUGAGACUAACUUAGUCUGGAUCUUAAACUGGAUCUUUAGCUCUCUCAGGUUAACGCAUUCAUGCUUCUUCACAGUAUUUAACGUCGGUGAUACCUGCACAGAUUUACAGUCACAUUUAUUUCAGACGACCCAGACAAAAGGUGGAGUAGAGGAGCUUUAGUGGAGCUUAUUUGUUCCAGCUGCAUGUAGGAAACCACAGAAACACAAACACCAACUCUGUCCUCCUUAGAGCUGCGUUCACACGUGCACUAACCUCCUGAAAACUCAACAUUCAACUAGUGGUUCCUCAAAUUCUUCCUGCAAAGAUCCCUCAGUGAUCAAACCUGCAUUUUCUUAUUGUUCCUAUAAAAUUAAAUCACAGUUAUUAUAGCAGCUCAGCUUCAACAGCUCCUCAGUGAUCAGUCUGUGCCGACAGAAGCAGGUUCUUAAAGGAAACUGAGGGAAACGAUUUUAAUCUAAACCUUAAUUUUCCAGAUUAAAAACACAGACCUGAGUUCUUUCAGGAGUUCUCGUGGUUUAGUGUUUAGUCGUUUUCACACGUGUACAAAACUCCUAAAAACUUCACAGAAUUUUAGGAACUUCAUGUGCAAAACAGACAAAAUUUCACCCAAACUUCACCCGGAGUUGUUUGCAGCCGCCUCUCAGGUCAGUUUCCUGUUCGAGCUGCAAAUCCAGACGUGCAAAAAACAUGAGAGGGUCGAUUAAAAACAAUCGAGCUUGAAUAAAGAGAUUUCUGCACAUGCAUUUACACAACACAGUUAUAUAAAUGCAUGUAUAUAAACCAUCACUCUGUUGAUUUGUUGCUGUUCAAGAAACAUUAAAUCUGGUUCGUCCUUCAGUGUCGACUCUACGCCAUUGUUAGCACUCCAUACUUCAUCACAGCAGUUUUCAGCUCUGCUACACUGAGACUGUAUUGAAGUGUACUGCUUUAAAGUCGGAGCUUCUGAUUGGUGAACAAUCGCUGCAGAAAUAAAAGAGGAACAGUUGGAGGAGGAUUCAUGGAUGCUGAAUCAGUGCAGGCAGGGAUACCUGAGGUGCAAGAAAUAAUAAUUAUUUUAUCAGUGUGUUAUUUUUUAAUAAGUAGGAGUGUAAGUCUGCAACCAUGUAGAUUCAACACAGAUGCAUGAAUUAACCUCGACACUGCAGCGACGUCCUGCCUCCCAAAUCUGAUCACACUCCUUCAUCCAGCUGUACAUGUACUCCCUGCAAUCUUUGAAAUUUUCAGGAGAGUUUGAAAAAGAGGCUUUGGUGAAAUUUACAGAAUUUUGCACAGAUAGACAAAAUCCUGACUAUGAGUAAAAUGAACUUAACAGAUCAGGAUCAAAAUGAUUAAACUGCAAUCUCUCUGUGUGCAAACUGACGACUUCUUAGUCAUCAAUACAAACUAACAGGUUAACAGGUCAGAGGUCAGAGGUCACUGAUAAGACUGACCAAAUCCUGCACCAUCAGUUCCUGGUCGUUACAUUUGCUCAACUUUACGACGGGUUAGUGAGUGUGGUUGUGAAAUCUUGGAGUGUUGACAUGAGCGUGUCUGACCGAAACACGGGCAGAGUGAGUUUUCUUCACAUGACAGUCGGUUACCUGAGACUCCUCCUAUCAUUACCAUCAUCUCAAAGUUAAACGCAGAGAUUUAAAUAUUCAGGAAGGCGUCCUCUUAGAGAUGAGAUCACAGGAAGUAGUUUGACACUCAAACCGAGCGCUCACCCCCGCUGACCUCGGUCCAAACUCGGCUCAGACCAGAACCUCCUCCAGGAGAGGAAACCAUCAUCUCAGAGGUCAAAACAAAACCCUGAGUCAUGAGCAAACAGCUGAGCGUCACAUCUGUGAGCUCCUACCCAUAAACCCCUCUGUUUGGGGUCUUUCCUGCUCUCGGUUCAGAUUACAUUUACUCUGCUGACAAACGGACUCACUUCAGGGUUUUAAGAGCGAAGUUUAACAGUCUGAGCUUUUACCUGGAAACAGACUGAGCUGGAGAAAAACAAACUCAGGAGCGUCCCGGGUCACCAUCAGCCGACAUGUCAGCCGCUUUUACAUCCUUCAUAAUCUUCAUAUUUGGAAGUUUGUGUUUAUUAAUGGAAGUUUUUAACGACCUCUUUGGGUCGUGAUUUCUCUGUUUUCAGUUUGCAGCUGAUUCAUCUCGACCCUUUAGCUUUAACUCCCCUCCUCUCUCUCUCUCAGGUACGGAGGCGAGCUGUGAGAACGAGGGUGAGGUCCUCCACAUCCCCAACAUCACCGACAACCCCUGCAUCACCUGCGUCUGUCUGGUAAGUCUCAAAUAUUGGAAAUAUUCUCGUUGUCACUUGAUUGAUUAUCCACCGUUCUUCAGCGCUGAUCGGGUCGUUUGUGACGCUGGUUAUUGAGUUUUCCGAGAGUUUGUUGUGAAGCUGCUGCAGGAGUCGUAGGAGAGGUGUGAGGAGUUUGGAGCUGCAGUAAAUUAUUGACUCUGGAUGUUUUUGAGACCGAGAGAGGAUGGCGAGGGAUUUGUGAGUGCGGGAAAGCGCCCGAAGACGCGGCUCUGAACAGUUUUCUGAGAUUUUACUGCAAACUUGUAGCGGUUGUUUGUUUUAGUGGACAUGCUCGUCGUCACGCUGUCUUUGCUCUACGACUCUUUCCUGGAACAUGGGCUCUUUGACCUCUGACCUCCACACCGAUGGCCCCCCCUCACCGCUGCGGCGCUCUUUGUUUUAGGGGAUGAGAAUAGACCAACAAGGCUUUUCUGUGUCACUGCCUCCACAGCGGCUGAAAGAGUUGGUUUUGAAAAGGGCGUCACAUGACCGGAGUUUCGCCUCCAGGAAGUACGCAGGUGUGAAUCUGCUGCAGGCUGCAAGUUCUGUGUGUGCACAAGUGCCGCUUGUUUGCUUUUGCAUCCUCGGUUUACAGACCGCUCAGUUAGUCCAGAUAUGUUUAUCUGCAACAUGUCCAAAGGAAACACCUGCUUUGGUUGGCUUAGCGAGUCCAAACCGGGAACCAGGACGCCACAAACGAACACUAUCAUCAACAUUUGGAGCGUUUGCAGCAUGAAAUCAGGGCCAGGGUUCGAGUCCACUGAAGGCUGCUGUUCUAAAACUUCAGUCUGUAGUUUGAUGGUGUUCAGACAGACAGAGACUUAAUUUAACACUUAAAAACAAAAUCAGACGAUCAUAGAGCCACAGGGUCGGAUAGAUUAGAAGACAUUUGAGGGAAUUACCGUAUUUUCCGGACUAUGAGUCACACUGUUUUCAUAGUUUGGUUGGGUUUGUGACUUAUAUUCAGGUGAGAGUUAUUAAAUUAUUUCACAUUAGUCUGAUGAUAGUCACGCAGAAGAGGAAGCAGCGCUUCGUCCAACUCCAGAGUUGUUGGAGUUGUUCAGAAUUGACACCGAAGAUGAAGAAUUGGAUAAAUUUAGUGAUUUGGAGUGAGAUUGAGAGUUUGGUAAACUUGUUUAAGUUUUUUAUACUAUAGUUAUCUGAAUAACUGUUAAUAUGUUACGUUAGCAGACCGUACACCUAUUCAGCCUGUUGUUCUUUAUUCUAUUGUUAUUAUUAUAAUUUGCCUUUAAGAUAAAACGUCUGUUCUCUGUCUUGGAUUUUAUAAAGUAAAUUUCCCCACAAAAAGGCGACUUAUACCGGUUUAUGUUGUUUUUACUUCAUUAUGCAUUUUUUAGCUGGUGUGACUUUUAGUCCAGAAAAUAUGGUAACCACAAAGUAUUAAAGAUGAAGUCGUUCACGUCUGAGGGGCGGACAGUCUUAUUGGUUUGAGUGAGUAACCAGGGGUGUGUCCAGACUUCUGUGACAGGGCUGUAACCUUGUGUUUGUUUAAAUCCUGCUAUAUAAAUAAAAUGGAUUGGAUUGGAUAUGCAAAUGCACAAAUACUCUUUAUUUUGGAUUUAUUUAAUAUUUAUCUAUUUUAUUUAUUUAUUUCUCUUUCUGUUUUUGUUUUUCAUCUCUUUCACUUUUAUCUUAUUUGAACUGAAAAUUGUAUUUGCAACGAGGAUUAAUUUGAUCGUGUUUGUUCAUCACCUUUGUCUCUGAGGCUGCACAUAAAAAUUUAAAACACACAGAUAACCUUUCCUUCUCCACUCAUAUUUACUUUAACCAGCAUAAAUGCAUCACACAGAUAGUGAGGAGGUGGGAAAUGUGCAGCAGUUGAAGGUAAUUUGAUGGAUGCAGUUUUCUUGUAUUCUUAAAUAAAGUCCCAAAAUUUAACAAACCAACAAAAUAAAAUGUGCAGCAUGUAAAUACAGCGACAGGUACUGUCAGACCACAGACCAAAACACUGAUUUUUUGCAGAAGUUUAGCUAUAAAAUAAAAACCCUAAAUAUCCUCAGAGAGGUGAUUUAAAUCCUGAUGCUCCUUCUGAACUUUUACUUUUCACACUUUUAAACCAACUUGAAUCCUGAUUUUAAAGCUGGAACAUAUAAAGCUCACAGAUAUUCCCGUUCAUGGUUGGGGUGACUUUCAGCGUCCGAACCCUGGCUCCUGAUUGGCUGCUGUGAGGCCCCCCUCGGCCUGCAGUCUGACUGAGCCGUCCUCUGUGUUAUCAGGCAGACAUCAGCCAAAGCCCCGCUGAAUGCUAUCAGUCAUCAGCAGGCAAUGGGCGGCCUUUCAUCUCUGCUUUAACCCCGCUACACACACACACACACACACACACACACACACACACACACACACACACACACACACUCAUAAACUUUCAUACAUUUAGCGCUCCGUCUUUAUUGAAUUCAGUUCCUGUUUAUCUCUUAAAACAGAAUUAUAACAUUAAUAUAAUUCAGAUGUCGCUCUCAGGUUUCACGGUGAACACAUUUACCUGAUGAAGCUAAAGCUUGAAAAUUCCUCCUAAAUCAAAGGAAUGAAGAGUUUUUUAUUCGUCACAUUAUGAAAAUAAUCUUUUUUUAGAAACUGUGUCAGUGUUCUUGGAGCUGGAGCGAUCUGGCACCUUCAGCAUCGAUCAAGAGUUAUCUUAUCUCCCCUCCUGUCAGCUAUUCCAUGAUUAUUUGGACACCCACGCUAUCUUAAGUAAAUAUGUGCACUUAAAGCUGCAGUGAGGAGUUUUUAACGGGUCAGGAAACAGACUUGUAUUUAAUGAUAAAACCUGUGACUUUGAGGAGGAGAAAAAAAAGCAAAAUAUCAGAUUAUUUUUGCAAAGCUCGAGACAUAAGAGGACCUUUUUCGUCUGUUUUUGCAGGAGGAAGAUCUGAAACAUGACAGCCUGAUAAGCAGCUACUUUGAGCUUUAAUUUCUUUAUAUAUUUGUUAAAUAAAAGUCGUUUUCAUCCAUCUAAAUCCAUUCUUUUGAACAUCGUGGUUAAAAGCGGCUCUUUUGUAACUGCGCCUUCACUCUGUCAUCGCUGAAAAAAGUGACUUUCUGUGUCGCCCUGAAGUCUCUGGGGGGUUGGGGAGACGUCAGGGCUCCAGUGUCACUCAUACGCUGAGGGGUUUGGGAAGCUAAGGGGGGUCUUUGGCUCUCCAGUUGGUCCAGAGUACCUGCUAAUGGCUCCGUGGGCAGGACACACACACACACACACACACACACACACGCACACACACACACACACUCUCAGAUACAUACAGAAGAGGCAUUGUGUGGGUCGGGGUGAGGCCGGGCGCUGUAAUGGGGCCAGGAGUGGAUGUGGCUGACAGACUGACUGACAGGUCGGUCGCCAUGACGAUGGGUUAUCUCAGACAGAGCCGGUUCCAUCUCCGUCACGCUCUUCAUCAUCCUCGUUUAUCUGUCUGUUCAUCUGCGUGUCUUUUUCCACUCUCUCAUCGGCUCUUCCUCCCCUCCUCGCCCGCCCUCAGAUCGGAUCCUCGUCUUCAGGGCCUCACUCGUCCAGGUUCAGGUUUUAGUCCUGUGCGCUUCGUGAACCUCAGAUAUUUUCACUCACGGCGUUUUUAGAGUAAGACCAGAAGAAAUAACAGCUCUGCUUUUGCAGACCUGGAUUGACCUCCGGUUACGCUCAGACUGUUAAUUUUCUGAUUUAAAGCCUCUGUAAAAAAAAAAAGACAGGUCCAUGUCAAUCUUGGCGCCCCCGGUGGACAGAAGCAGUAAUUCAGGUGACACGUACCUCCUCAGGUAUUAAAAAUGACCAUGCAGUGUUUGUAAAUACUCUACGAAGAUUACAUGAAACAUGACUGAGGCCAAAGGUCAGAGGUCAGAGUGGCCCUUUAAUCGAUCAAACAAACAUCCUAGAUGUACGACACACAGAAGUUUUAUACUCAGCAGCUGAGAUCGAUCAGAGGAAGGUCAAAGGUCAUAUCCUGCCAGUGUCUCAACUCAAACAGUAGCUGAUCAAUAGAGGAGGGGCGGAGUUUACCUGAUAACCACCUGAAAUCCUAACUUCAGGGUUUCUGUGUUUCAUUACGUUAAAUUCAACCCCUUUGUGGUGUAAAAACCCUCAACAGAUUAUUUGAUCUGUUUAAUAAUUCUUUAUUUCUGUUCAGCUUUAUCUGUAAUACUCGUGUGAGUUGUCCUGUUGUCCUCCGACCAGCGGGGGGCGCUGUCCUUGUUUCACUCUAGUGAAAAACUUACCCAAACAUUCAGUCAUGAGAAACGACUUGUUCAGUUUUAGUAAACUGGUUCCCAUCGGCGCCUUUCCUCAGCCGUCUCGUCCUUAAGCUACUGUGGCUCCUGCUCUUAGGUGAAAGGGGGGGGUCGUGACCUGUUUGUUUUGGAGGCAAGGUGAAAGGUCAAAGGUCACAGCAGCAAAGAAGGUUAAGGUUUUGGGAGGUCUGAGGUAGGAGAGGUGACGUUCAAGGGCUUAAGGAGGUCUUUGAGUUUAGAGGUCCACGUCUGUGCCGACAGACCCCGACUGAUCCCGACAUCCUUUAAAGAGGAGAAAACAGAGAAGAGGAGGAGAAAACGGAGAAGAGGAGGAGAAAACGGAGUAAAAGAGGAGAAAACAGAGAAGAGGAGGAGAAAACAGAGAAGAGGAGGAGAAAACGGAGUAAAAGAGGAGAAAACAGAGAAGAGGAGGAGAAAAUGGAGUAAAAGAGGAGAAAACAGAGUUAAAGAGGAGAAAACAGAGAAGAGGAGGAGAAAACAGAGAAGAGGAGGAGAAAACAGAGUAAAAGAGGAGAAAACAGAGUGAAAGAGGAGAAAACAGAGAAGAGGAGGAGAAAAGGGAGAAGAGGAGGAGAAAACGGAGUAAAGGAGGAGAAAACAGAGUGAUGAAGGAGGAGAAAACUAAAUAAAGGGGGAGAAAAUGGAGUAAAAGAGGAGAAAACAGAAGAGGAGGAGAAAACAAAGGAGGAGAAAAUGGAGUAAAGGAGGAGAAAACAGAGUGAAAGAGGAGAAAACAGGUUAAAGAGGAGAAAACAGCGUGAUGAGGUCAGGUAAAGUCCAGGUGAUACUGAGGAUCGGUCAUAUGAGAAGAAAGGACGAUGGUGUGUAGAGGAAAGAAAAGAAAGUGAUGGAUGAUGGGAAAAGAAGCAGAAAAAAAUAAACUUUAAUAAUGAGGAUAAAAAAGUGAACGCUGUCGCCUCCUAGUGGCAGAUUUGCACUUUGUCACACUUGUAAGGACUUUUUAUCCAAAGAAGAAUAAGAAGAUCAUAAAUUUACACUUUGGUCGGAUUGAUUCAUAAAUUCAGUUUUUUUAUUCUAUAGUUUAUCACAGUCACCUCGAAGGUUAGAUUGUUAAUAAAACAGCUGCUGAGAUUUUACUCUAAUUUUUAAACUGUUCUGUUAACGAAUGGUGUUUAAAUGGAAACUCAUUACAGUUUUACACACCACACUACACCAAAGAAUCAGAGUCAAAGCUCAGUUUUAUAUAUUUUAACACGGUAAAUAAAAAUGACUCUUUUGUCAGUUUCUGUGAAGGUUUCCUGAAGUUCAUCCACCCAGGAAAUAUUAUAAUCUGAUUACUCAGAGUGGUAGUAAAGUGUUGUCAUGUGAUAUCUAUAUUUAUCUGCAUGAAUGUGAAUCUAACUUUUCUAACUUAAUUUUCCGUCACUAGGAGGAGAAAAACAAGCGUAAACAGUGAAGUGUAGACUCUGACGUUGAUGCUGUUUGCUCUGACAGACGGAUCGUUUUUGACCUUCAGCUGUACUUUAUGAAUUAGUGUUGAUUGAAAUUUAAACGCUGCAGAUGUUUUUGUCUUUUCCUGAAUUCUGUGUCUUUAGAGAUUCAUCCACUUUAACUUCUUCUACUUCACUGAAAUCCUGAAAUUCACACAAACUUUGUGUCAUUAAUAGUAAAAAUAAUCAUCUAUGAAGUUUGACGAAAAAUAAAGAUUUAGGCUUCAGUUUAACUAAAGUUUAAAUAAGUGAUUAAAAAAACACAAAAAUCUGCAGUUAUGAGUUUUUAUGAGGACAAUCAGCUGUUUACAUUUGUAUUUGAUGAACCAGCUUUAGCAGGAAACCUCAUAUCUCCAUACAGUAGCAGAAUUACAGACAGACAAACACGGAGAGUACACACACUUUCUCUUCCUCCCACACACACACACUUCCAAACAUACCCUUACUCGUGUGUGUGUGUGUGUGUGUGUGUGUGUGUGUGUUGGGAGUUCGUCGCCCACGGUGACAGACAGCCGUCCGGUCGACCAGCCUUGGUGCCGUGGUGGUAUGUUGAGUGUUUAUAAGGCGUGGUGACCCAUUGUGACCUUUGACCCUCAGACAAGAAGGGUGAGAGGGCAUGUGUGUAAGGGGGGGGGUCACAUUUACUACUUUGUGUUAAUGAGUAACAGCAAAGAGAGAGAGAGGGAAUAAUGGUGUAUUUUGUACACCAUAAUGUGUAAAAAGUAGAUCCUUGUUUGGUCUUUUCACGCAGUGUAUCACUCCGCCUCAGCUUGGUGCUCUGAAUACUGUGAAAUAAGACGACAGCAGGAGGAGGGAAGGAUUUUUAAUCGUUAACAUUUUAUCACAGGCAGCAAAACAAACAAAUGACUCAGUCCAGACUUAAAGACGAGACCUAAACUUUGAUUUUAGGAUGAUUUAGAAAAAUGUCCGUCACUUUUAGCCCAGCAGUCUUAGCUUCCACGCUCCUGAUCGCUACAUCCUCUCUCUGCAUUUUGAUUCAGUCCUUUGGCUUUUCAGGCAAACAUGAGGACACUCACACCUCCCUCCUCCUCCUGCUCCUCUCCCUGCUCUCCUCCCUCCUCCUCCUCCUGCUCCUCUCCCUGCUCUCCUUCCUCCUCCUCCUCCUCCUGCUCCUCUCCCUGCUCUCCUCCCUCCUCCUCCUGCUCCUCUCCCUGUUCUCCUCCCUCCUCCUCCUGCUCCUCUCCCUGCUCUCCUCUCUCCACCUGUGGCUCUCUGACAGUUUGUACAUGAUGAUUUGGAAAACGUGGUCGUCUAGGGUUUAAAAAGUUCCUGCUCUUAGCUUGAGGGUGCAUUUUUCAGACUUUAAGGACUUUUUAAAGAGAGCGAUCUUAAAAACCUCUCACAGAGGUUUUCUUUUUAAAUCCUCCUUUCUUUACAAUCGUCUACAUAAGGAACCAUUAAUUCAGUUUUUCUUCGUUUGUUAGCAGACCAUCUUUCCUAGAAUACCCACCCAGACUUGUAGAUUUUGUUCUCUGGACAAAGCUGAGUUUGCAAAGUGAGAUAUCUUUUCCCUCAUGCUUCUCUCUCCUCUCUCUCUGUAUUUCUCUCUCUCUCCUCCUCCUCUGUCAUGACAUCAUCUGUCCUCAGUGUGGUUGGGGUUUAGUUGGAGCUCUGCAGCUAUAUUAAACCACCCUGGUUUAUUUUCGCCCCGCUUUGAUCCGUCCUCGUUAGAGCCGCUGCCACAGGGCCACAGAGCCAUGGGACCUGCCAGCCUGCACUUUAUAAACCCUCUCAGUGUGUAAAAUAAAACGCACACACACACACACACACACACACACGUACAUCUCCAUCGUGUGGAUACAAUCAGCAGUAAAAAGCCGGGUGUGAAAGUGGAGCGGAUUAAACAGCCGGUCCGGUCCCGCGGUGCAGUUUGUGGUGAUGUUGGACACGCUGCAGGUUUGUGGAGGUGGCAGCAGGAUUGUUGAGUUGGUGUGAAAAUUCACAGCUAAACUGUGAAGACGGAGUCACUUUAAACUCAGGGAAACAAAGACCUGAGGGCGCGACGGAGAAAUCAGGAGGCUGUAAAAACAAUUUAAGUUCCAGUUUGGUUGAUUUUUGGAGGUAACAGUCUAAACAAAACCCACCUGCUCAGACUAGCCUACUCCUUUUAAUUUACCUUGUCAUAUUUUAUCUUUAUUUUAUUGUAUUUUUUAUUUAGUUUUUUAAAAUUAUUUUAUUGUAUUUUUUAUUUAAUUUUAAAUUUUUAAUUGAAUGUACCAUAAACUUAUUUUAUAAUUUUUUAUCUCUCAUAUUUUUUAAUUGAUUUUAAUUUAAUCUUAUUUAAUAUUUUUAUAAUAUUUUUUUAUAUUUUUGCUAAAUUUAAAAUUUAAUUAAAUUUUUUAAUUUUAUAUUACUUUAUAUUAUUUUUUUAUUUUAUUUUAUUUUUAAUUUAAUUUCAUUUUAAUUUAAAUUAAUUAAAAAAAAAAAUAAGAAUAACAAAAUAAUAACAAAAAAAUAACCAUACAAAAAACAGUUGAUUGAUUGAUCAUGAACUGAUUUUAUUAUUUUUUUAUUGUAUUGUAACAACAUCAACUAUGCUGGGCGUCUAAUAAUUGACUCUCUCUCUCUGUCUCUCUGUGUGUCUCUGCUGCAGGAGGGAAAGGCCGACUGUAAACAGGAGAAAUGUCCGCUGGUGUCCGAGGAUUGUGCUCUGGUGGUCAAACAGACCGGCGCCUGCUGCGAGAGGUGUAAAGGUAAGACCGACGAGAAGACGGACGGAUGGUUUUAGAUACGAACAAAUCUAAAACGGAAAAUUUAACAUCUCCUGUGAACAUCAUGAGUGAAAUGAGAUGUUUUAAAAUACCAGAAGUGAUAAAAAUAAUGACCCUGGGAUUGUUUAUUGUGGGGGUGCAGUAUCUGCAGCUGCAGCGCACUAAUAAGAGGCUGAAAUAACACACCAGCGCAGAAAACACACACACACACAUACACACACACACUUUAUGUCGAGUACAGGCCUAGAUAUGACCUGUGGGAGGGAAGCUGUAUCAUUUACCUCAAACACACACACACACACACACACACACACACACGGCCUGUGAGGGUUCAGUGUUGGGUUUACAGGCCUCAGAUCUACAGUCACUUUUAUGAGCCAGAAAAACCUUCAUCCUCCUCCUCCUCCUCCUCCCGGUGAAGCUCCGCUCUCUGCCUCAUGUUCAGGUUUAUUUAUUUGUCUGUCAGGACUCUGGCCGCCACACUGAACUCAACACGGACUGGAGGAGGUUUUUCAGACGUCACUGCGGCCAGAAAACAACCAUCAGCUCCCGGAGCGUCCUCCUUAGACUGUUAAAAUAUAUCUGCAAAUCAACUGAGGUGUCUGAUCCGGAUCCUAGAGUAGACUGUUUAGGACUGUGUUUCUGCUGGACUCCAAGAAAACAGCAGAAAACUCAGAAGAUGUCUUUGUCCAAAACUGAUAGACUGACACAGUAAGGAUGAAAAGUUCUGGUACUGGAGAGACUCUGUGGUCUUAACAACGAAAAAGAGGAGAUUUUAGUGGUCCAGUUUGGUCCUUAUCUGAAACACAGACAGAGUUUGGGCUGAGGGAUCUGGAGGAUGACAGUCCAGCCUGAGUCUGGUUCUGCUGGAGGUUUCUGCCUGUUUGCUGGUGCUGCUGAAUGAUUCUGCACAGUGGAUGAAGAGACUGAAUUUGAUCCUCUCUUAAAUCACAUGAUUAAAGCUCUGACCUGAUCAUUGUGGAAACAUUUUGAGAUAAUGUUGGUUGUUGAUUUGCACCGUAAAAAUAAUGAUUGAUGGUUGAAUGAUUGUAAACCGAUCAGGAAUGAUGAAUCUUUCUGUACAGAAGAAGUUUUUAGGGCUUUUUAAGACGUCCAGACCAGUCGAGGACUAAAUCUGCAGGAUUUUCAGUUGAAUAUUUUACAUUUCUUUUUUCGCACAUGUAUCGUAGAGCUGCAUGAAAAUCUGUGAUGUUUCCUCGUCAGAUUCCUGCGUCUCUCAGCUGAUGUCAGUGUUACGUCAUGAGGGCCGUGCCUCAGUGAAGUGUUUUCUCCCAGCUGAAAACACCAGGUGCUCUUAUCAAAACCCCAGCUUUAAAGGGGCUUUGGAGGCGCCGUGUUUGGACAGCCAGGACACUUUGUCUGAGUCUAGUUGCUAUGAUGGGGAAUAUCUACAGACGUAAAUUAGCUUUCACAUGCUAAAGUAGACCCUCUUUGUCCCCUCGCUGUUGAUUAGAGAUGGGCUGACGCACACAGGGAGAGAGGAAGGAUCAGCGUUUGAGAGUGUGAAGUUUGGCUCGACUGCAGCAGCGUCUCCGCACGUAUAAAAUCCCAGAAUUACAAAAUGUCUUUGCAGAAAAUUAUUUUCUAUCUCCUGAAUCAGGAAUAAUAGUGAAGUUUCUACAAAAGAGUGAAGCUUUAAAGACUCGACUUGUUUUCUAUGAUCUACGUUUUCCAUUGACGUCAGUCCAGUUUGAGUAGUUUUGCAGCGUUGAGCCGCCGUAGGAGAAACGGCGUCUUCCAUCACUCCCAUGUCGUCGUCAUGACUCUGAAUAAACUCCACAAAAAUCUGAGAAACCACAAAAAAAAAAACACGUCCUCGAGCUGGUCCUGUCCCCCUCUGUGCUUCUGGAGCUCCACGGCCCCAUCGAGGAAUAACACACACACACACACACACACACACACACACACACAUACACACACACACACACACACACACCUCACCUCUCAGCUCUCAGCAGGGGCGAGGUCCUUUUGUUUGCGGUCCGCCGUUUUUACGACGCAGCACUUCGUUAAGAGAGGUGAAACAAGCUGCACCCGGACACGGAAAGCCCCCGGUUGCCACGGCGACCCUUGUUAGUUUUCUAUUGUGCGGUUGACUUGUGGCCGCUGUGACCAAAUUUAGGACCCCUUUGUGUCCUCGGCUUCAGGAAAACGCCCCGAACUCCAGUGUGUCACAUCGCCGUUUCUCACUUUUAUGAAAUCAUAGUUAAAGAAAAACUCAUGCCCAGUCUGAGGCGGUUUAUGGGGAACAGUCGAAGGGUUUAACAUCGGCCUAAUUAAGAGUACACACUUACUCGCCCACUCUUGGAUUGAUGGUCCUGAAUAUGAGACUUGUGCUGAACAACACGGCAGCAGGACCUUCUCUCCGUCCAUCUCGUCUGAACUCCUGUCCUGGAGUUUCACCGGGCGUCCUCCUCUGCUCUGAUCCAAAAUCAGAGGGUUUGGUUUACACUGAGGAAAGCAGAUCAAUGCCUCUGAUCGGGUUUCAUCCUAUGGAAAGUUCAACAUUGAUCUGAGACCUCUUACAGUAACUGAAAUGAAAUGAAUACGUUUUUCAUUUGGCGCUGAGCGGACGGGUCAGUGAGUGCGGAGUCAGAACCGUCUAAACGAGAGCGUCAAAGUUUGUAAAAAGAAGAUUUAUGAAGGUUUGAAACAGAUGAAAUGAAACUGGAUAAUUAUGUCAUCGUAACUUAUGAACACAUGAACUGAAACUUUGGUCAAAGGUGGUUUAUCUAAGUGAAAACAUCCAAUAAUACUCUAUUUAAAGCUCCUGUGAGUAUCUUUGCUUUGUGUCUGUUUUGGCGCCCUCUUGUGGACAAAGCAGUCUUCGUUUAUCUUUCAUCCUGCUGAUUUUUGUCAGUCGCCUGUAUCAUCUAUCAUGGAUUUUAUGUGGAAACUGUUCCUGGGCAGCUUGACUGACACCAAGUUUCAGGGAUUAAAAAUCAGGAUCUAAAAUCUCUGAUCUCGUUUUAAUCAGGUCAUGUUCCUCCUAAAGUUCCUGGUAAUUGUUAAAAAGUUCCUGUAAGUAAAUGAGAUUAUGAGGAAUUAAUGUUUUCAUAUGUUGGUGAAUUUUAAUCUGCUUAAAAAAACAUGUUUCCUUCUGGAUAUUGAGUUGAAUUGAAUGUAAAGAUACAGAUUUGUUAAGCUGUUGUCUCUUUCCUCGUCUCAGGUUGCAUGUUGGACGGACGAUCGUAUAACAGCUCAGUGUCCUGGACCAGCUCCACCAAACCCUGCAUGAGCAGACGCUGUCAGGUGUGUGAAUAUGUGUGUGUGUGUGAAUGUGUGUGUGUGAAUGCGGCUGCACUGACCGUCAGCAGAUGAGAGGUGAAGCGAGCGGACUGUUGUUUCAGCUCAGACGUCACGUAGAAACCUUUGACCUCAGAUCUGAAUCCCUGCAGACGAGCGGUGGAGAUUUACAGACAGAGAGAGAGCAGAGGGACAGAGGAGAUAGAAGGAGGCACAAGAAAGACGUGCAAAUGAGAGGAGGAGAGAAAAGCUGAAGAGAUCAGAGACGUCAUGAUGAUCCUGCACAGAGAGACUCGGAGAAAUCUUUUCAAAGCUGCUGAACUAAAAACUCUUUAUCUCCUGGUUUUGACAGGAAGGUGUCAUCACAGAGUCCGAGGUCCAGUGUGUCGUCCACUGCAAGAACCCCAAACUCCACCCCAAGAAGUGCUGCCCCACCUGCCCCAGUGAGUCCGAGUCAGACCUCAUAAAACUGUUAAAUAUCCAGAGGGUCCAAACUUUGGAUUCAGAGGUUUUGAUUUAGUCUUAAAGAAAGAAAGUCAAAGAAACAUGUGGAGUGUUUGCUGAAGAGUAGAAACUAAAACACAAACUGUAUGCAGAGCAUCUGUGUGUGUCUGUAACACAGUCACACAUACGUAUUUUUGAUCAAAGCUGUAUUACCUCAUACAUGUUUGUGUAUUUUAGUCACUCUGUGCAAAAAGUGUACACAAGAAAUUAGAAAAAGAUUAUUUUUGAGUUUCUUACCUCCAAAAUUUAAAAAUAUAUGUUGUGAUUUUUCCAAAGCAGCCUGAUUUGUAUAAUUCUGGAGCCAAAAUUCCCGUUUUAACAGGAAAAGUUCCUUUAAAGCCAUAAAGAGCCGCUGCAGGUGUAAAUAAAGCGUACAUGUGUUGUCGUCUUUUCCUGCAGCUUGUAUCUUCGAGGGUCGCCUGUAUAAAGAGAAGGAGGAGUUCAGUCCGGAGGGAAAACCCUGCAUCAAGUGUACCUGCACCGUGAGUACACACACACACACACACACACACACACACAGAUGUGUUUACACUCUGACCUGUGUGUGAGCGUUUCUGCGUGGGGGCCUCUGUCCUCCAAAUAAGUUAUUUUGGCGUCUCCUGGGAGUCACUAACUUUCGGUUGGAACAACAUCCUCUUUCUGAUUUUUUUCCUCCGCCUCCUCGAACCCCACCUCACACCCUCCUCCCCCGUUGGACAAACAAACCCCACAGUUACGUCCAUAAACACGUCGCAGCAUUAAUGUGCUUUCACCUCGUUUCGGCGGCUGGGUUGUGAACAAAUAUCGGAUAAACAGAAGUCUUAAAGUCGGACAAACGGACGUAGAAGUAUUCGGCGUUGAGUCACCUGGUGUGGAUGAAAAUUAACACUUUCAUUUUCACCUGUUCUGUCUCUCUUUUCACAUUUAAACUGAAAAUUAAACUAAAACUAGUAACACCAUCACUAUCGCCGGGUGAAAUGAUAUACCCAAGAAAAAGUCCUUGUCAUCAAAAUAUAUCAAAAUAGGACAAAACAUGACAAAUUAAAGUCUUUUAUUUUAUUUUUAACUGUUUAUUGUCCAAAGGGAGGGGAAAAGUGCUAUGAGGGACCAGAUGAAAAUACAACAAAAUCACUGAAAUUAGACAUUCAUCAACAACAAAUACCAAAAAUAAAACAUAUAUAUAAAGAAACUGUGAACUUCCUGUUCCUGGGUCAUGUAAAUCUUCCCUGGUUCAGACUCAGGGUCCUCGGCACAAUAACAGGAGAGAGAAACAGAAUCUGUCAGAUUUGGAGUAAAAAGGAUUAAAGCUGACUCCAAUAUUUCUGAUCUCCAUCUAAAUUCCCUUAAAAAUCACGACUUUGUGAUAGUUAUUCAUAACCACUGUGCUAAAUAAAGAUAUCAUGUAAAUUCCAGGACCACUGGAAGGUUUUGGAUCAGGGAAACAAAUAUGUCUUCAAAGAUGUCAAAGGAAAUGCUGAAAAGGGAUGGGAAUUAAUAAGAUUUUAUCGAUAUCGAUGCCAUUAUCAAUUCUGUUUAUCGAUUCAAUUCUUUAACAGUUCCCUUAUCAAUGCCUUUCUUUGAUUUAAAAAAAAAGUAGACUGUAGGUUUUCAUCGUUAACCCAAAAUUUUAUUUGGUCCCUGAUAACAGGAACAGAUGUUUGCCACCUUCAGCCAGAGUCUAAAAAUAAUCAAACAACAAACUAUUUGUACUUCGGCCGGUACCGAGUCAAAUUAUGGUGACCGUAUUCUUGAUCCCCUAGAGAGGACAGUACUGCGUGGGGCGGAGUUGCGCAAAAUUUUUGAGUGUUUUUUUUUAUGCGCUUUUACCUCAGUUAGUCCACGGUACACAAAUUCAAAACUUCCAUACAAAACCUGUAGUCGUCUAUCUUAGUAAAAUGAAGCCACACUUUAGAUAAUUUCUGCCGACUUCUUGUACCAUUCGCCUUGUUUUUUUCCCUCGAAGUCUCAGUUCCCGUUCGUGUAGACUGGCACUCAUGAGAACGUUUUUCAAGGCACCCGGAAGAAAGGAAUCGUUAAGAUAAAAUGUAAAUGAUGUCGAUGGAUUGAACUAUUUGGAACCGGUUCUGGAUUCCCAUCCCUAACACUGAAGCUACCCAGGGACCCAUAACACUCAGACAAACACAACAUCAUGAAAAUCACGUCAACAUGUUUGGCGAUGGAGUUCUCGGGUUAAACGUCAGAAAUCAAACAUCCAACACUUUCUCUUGUCAACUCAACCCAAGCAGAAAACUCGCUAUGUGACAGACAAUCAGAUUUUUGUGUGUGUCGUUGUUGUCAUGGUUACAGGGAGGGCGGACUCUCUGCAUGAGGGAGGUGUGUCCUGUCCUUUCCUGCCCCGCCCACCUUAGCCACACCCCACCUGGACAGUGCUGCCCAAGAUGUCUCGGUAAACACCAGCGAUCUCUCCUUUGACCUUCAGAGUGAAACUUUGGAGGAUUAAAAUUUACAUCCUGGUAUUUUGAAGAAGAAAAAGUGUUCUGACAUGGCGAUUAGCUGAAGUUCACCUUUUUUAACCUUCUGAGUGUUUGAAGGUCGUCUGACUGUUCAGGUUCGUCUCUCCUCCUUCAGGUCAGAGGAAGGUGUUCGAUCUCUCUCUGGGAAGUUGUCUGUUUCACAGCGAAGUUUACGAAAACGGAAACUCCUUCGUGUACGACAACUGCACCACCUGCACCUGCAAGGUACGGAUGAGCCUCUUUAACCGUCAUCGUAGACGGACAAACCCGAUCUUUAAUCCAUGUCGUCUUUUUUUCGACCUUUCUCCGACUUUCUUCUGUCCAGGAUUCGACGGUGGUGUGCAGGAGGCGGUGCUCUCGGCCGGGAAGUUGUCAAGGCAACCAGUGCUGCCCCGAGUGUCUGUCGUUUGUGAAGGUGGAGGAGGUGAAGUACUGCCGAGUCCGCAACAAGAUCUACAGGGUGAGGAGGGAGCCAGAUGAAUGAGUGAAUGUUGUUGAUGGAGUAAUGGACGUAUGAAUAAGCAGGCAUGUAGAGGGUUAGGUUAAUGUGUGGAUGAAUAAAGUUAAUGAGGUCUGACAAAUAAAUGAAUGGAUGAAAGAUGUAAGUGGUUGUUAAGAGAUGAUAAAUGGUGAAUGAAUGAAUGAUAGAAACAAAUGGAUGGUUAGAUUGGGGGAUGAAAGGAUGGACAUAAAUGGCUGCAUAGAUAAAUGAAUGGAUGAACUGAUGAACAAAUGAUGUAUAGAAAAAUCGAUUAAAGGUCGUCUUAUUGGCAGUAGCUUGGUGGAUCAGUUCACACUUUGAUGGAUGGUGAAUGAAUGAAUUUCAGUAGGGCUGGAUAUAUAAGGAUGAAUGGAUGAAAGAUUGAUGGAUGUGUGAGGAGAAAGGCUGAAUGGAUAAAUGGACUGAAACUUGGUCAAAUGAAUGAGUUAUAAAUGAUGAAUGGAUGAAUGAGAGAUGGAUAGAUGAUAAUGACUGAGUGUAUGAAUGACAGAGUGAAUGCUCUUAUGGAUAAAUGGAUUAAUGAUUAGAUCAAUAAGAUAAAUAAUAGAUGAUAGACAAAUGGAUAAUGAUUGGAGAGGUGGGUGGCAGGAUGGAUGUAUGAAUUAGCGAUAACAGAUGAAGGGAUGAAUGGAUAAGAGCAGUUACCGAGAUGAGUGGAUGGAUGAACGAUCGAUUUGUGACAUUUCUUUAAAAAGUGGAGGGGAAAGAAGAGAGAGGAAUGGAUGAAUAGAUGAAUGGAUAAUCAAAUGAAAAGAUGAAUGAAUGAACAGAUGCAUAUAUGAAUGGAUAAAAACAGUUACCGAGAUACGUGGAUGGAUGAACGAUUGAUGUGUGACGUUUCUUUAGAAGAUGAAGGGGAAAGAAGGGAGAUGUAUAGGUGAACAGAUGAAUGAAUGAACAAAUGAACAGAUGAUCAGAUGAGUAGAACAGAUGAAUGGAUUAAUAAAUGAACAGAUGAAUGGAUGAAUAAAUUAAUGGAUGAAUAGAUGAAUAGAUGGAAAUAAGAAUUGAUGAACAGAUGAAUGGGUGAAUAGAUUAAUGGAUGACCAGAUGAAUGAAUGAACAGAUGAAUGAGUGAAUAGAUGAACAGAUGAAUGAAUGAAUGAAUAAAUAAAAUGGACGAACGGAUAAACAGAUAAAUAGAUGAACGGAUGAGCAGAUGAACGGAUGAAUGGAUGAACGGAUAAACAGAUGAACAGUUGAAUGGAUGAACGGAUGAAUGAUGGGUCAGUUUUUGUUCUUCGCAGGAAGGAGACAUGUGGUCGUCGGUGAACUGCUCUCUCUGCGCCUGCGUCAAAGGAAACAUCGAGUGUCGACCCAAACAGUGUGUACCAAUCACCAGCUGCCCCUCGGUGAGUGACAGGCCUGUCAGCCAAUCAAAAGCUUGCAUUGGGUUCGCAGGAUUUACAUGGAAAAACAAACAUAGUGGGGACUCAGUCCAAGUAGAAGAAGUUUGUGCCGUGGGGCGGAGCUUUCUCCAAUGACACAAACUUUAGAGGUGAAUGGAAAUAAACAGAUGAAAAAGUUCAUUCAUCCACAUGUGAUGAAUACAUGAACGGACAUCAGCCACUCCAGGAGACUGAGGAUGUUGUUGUACCUCCAGCUCUGUCUCUGUCACUCUUCUUUAUGCUCCUCUCUCUCUCUCUCUCUCUCUCUCUCUGAGUGAUCGCUCUGACCUUCAGUCUUUACGGCCCGUGACAAACCGCAUCAUUUUCACUUCACACGUGUGACGUCUCCAAACAGCCACACUCCUCUGAUUCGCUGGCAGGGCGGCCAAAAGCAACAUUCAGAUUCAGGCGUGGAGAAGCCGACUAACUUCUGUGUGAACGCGACGUUAAAUCAGACCGCAGAGGACGCUCCUCCCUUUUAGCACAUUAGAGAUCAGACACAGGCGAGCAGCGGGACGUUCGCCGUCAAACACUCUGGGAAGGUUUUCGCCGCGUUCACCUGUCGCAGAGGCGGCUCCAGGGUCAUCUGUCGGUUGGCGGGUGAUGGAGUGGAUUCCUCACAUACCGCCGGCUGCUGGCGGUCACGCAGUUAAAACCGGUGUCAGUGUUAGUCCAAGUUCACACGCUUCCAGCGGUUACAACAAGCCCUCACCUGUUGUUUGUGGUCAGAGCGGGCGGCGGCGGGCUGAUGUAGGUGGUCUGACUGAGAAGAGUGAAGAGACGGUUUGGAGGGGGAAGAGGUCGAGUUUACAGCGACUUUUAUUUCACCUGGUCAGAGAAGUUAGUGCGACCUUAAUUCAGAGGGAGGACCGUGGACCAGGUGAUCAUGAGAGUUUCUCAUCGCUCUCAUGGAGGUCACCAUCUACACGCACACACACGCACAGACACACACUCUCCCAUGCCGUCAUCCUGCGGUCAGCGGCAGGUCGGCAGAGUGUGUGUGUGUCUCACGGGAGACAGUGUGUCUCCGUACGGCCUUUUGUCUGUGUGACAUUUGAGUGACAGCGAAGAAGAGGUUCCCUAUAUUUAGGCCCCCUGAAAACCAAUCUGUGUGUGUGUGUGUGUGUGUGUGUGUGUGUGUGUGUGUGUGUGUGUGUGUGUGUAUCAGAGAGAGAGAGUGUGUGUCCUCAGUUUGUCAAAAGGCAGCCCUCUUCAAAGAGAGAGAUUGGCCUUUGUGCAGAGGUUAGGACUCUGGAGUGUGUAUUGAGUGUACGUCUGUAUGUGAUGACAGACGAGGUGUGUGUGUGUGUGUGUGUGUGUGUGUGUGUGUGUGUGUGUGUGUGUGUGUGUGUGUGUGUAAGAGAUGGAAAAAAGAAGGGCUUCCCUCAGGCAACAGAAACUAAGUGUGUGAAAGAGUCCUCUGAUCUGCACCUCUGAUGGAAGUUGAAACAAACACACACACACAGACACACACACACACACACUCAGACACACACACACACACACACUCACACAGAGUUUCCCGUUACACACAGACCGAGUUCAGCGGUUGAAGUGGGAGUAUCGGUGUCUUUGUGGUCGUCCUGAUUUGACAGUGAACUUGUCGGAGUGGGAACUUUUCCUCCGUUUUAACCUCUCGUUUAAUUUCUGCUCCGUCUGUUUGAGUGACGGCAUUAAAAAAAAAAAAAACACAGAGCUGCCAUCUUUGUUACCUCUGCCAAAAAACAGACAAACGUGUUUUCAUCCCUGUCAGUUUAACCCUUUGACGCCCGGAUGUCUGGCUGAUCUGUGGUGGAUGUGUUUUCGUCAGUGAAGUCUGGGUCGUCAUUUCUUCACUGUGAUUAACAUGUUUUUUCUUUUAUAUCUUCUUUACUUAUUACGUCGUCUGGUAUCAGUCUUAGAUAAAUAAACCGAGGAUCCUCAGGAAUCUUAUAUCCACACUGCAAAAAAGGAAUUUCAAGAAAGGAGAACAGCUUUGUAUUAAGGAGAUCAGUCUUAUUUUUUUGUACGAGAAGAAUAUUUAUCUUGUCAACCAUGUUUGGCUUUAGAAAAAUUAUCUAGUUUUACGAGAAAAUGGCUAACUAUUUCUUGAUAAGAUAUUCCAGUUAAUCUUGAGAUGAGAGGAGAAAAAUGUUUUACAAUAAAAUCCAGCAGAGCGACAAGAUCAUUCGUCUCGUUUUAAGAGUAAGACAUGUCCAACUUCUCAAUUUAAGAACGCCAUGAAACAAGAACAGUUGAUUUACAAGAUUAUUUGAUUGAAUAUAAGAAUAUUUCGCUUCAGUUUUUUCAUCUCUUGCUUUUCAAACUUCGUCCCAAAAUGACCAGAAUAUUUGAGAAUGGUUGGCGUUCUGUUGCCCACUAUUUCUCCAGCAGUUUUGUUGUUGGUCCAAUUGUUUAUUUUUGAUUUGGGGUGUAAUAAAAAAUGUGUUAAAUUUUUCCAUCGUUUACAGCUGGUUGAUGUCUGUUGGGUCUUAAAUACUUUGUGCCGAUCACUCCCAGACAACUCAAUACUGACUUCUUCAUCCCAUUUCACUUUUAUUCACUCUGUUGUGUUUGAGUUUGUUUGAACGAUUUUAUAAUUUCUGUCUCAUAAAAGUGUGAUAAACAUCUUUAGUGUCAAUAAAGAGGAUUUCUGCAUCAUAAAACUCAGACCAGGAACUUUUUAUCAAAGUUCAGGUAUUUCCUGUCUGAUGUCACCGUCAUUGACUUCGCCUGUGUUUCAUCAAAGACCGUCUGUUUCCUCUGAGUGUGUCUAACCUCGCGUCUGUGUCUCAUCUUUGGCAGAAUAAGAUCCUGAACAGGACGGGCUGCUGUCCGGUCUGCACUGAAAGUGAGUAAGUUCUUCUUCACCCUCAAAUAUCCCUGAACUUUUGCAUUUGAGGCUCGUAAUAAAGAGUUUAAAAUACAUUCAGAGAUAUCGAUUUUGCUUUGAGAGGCAGUGAAAACAAAUCUCAGUCCAGCCCGGAGUGUCAGCUGAGCGUUUCCCAUGAACCCCUCAGCAGACUGCGGUCGGGGAAUAUGGCCUUAGAUGCACCAUUUCAGGACUACAAAGACUCCAUAAAACGCUGCUCUCCUAUAGUUCAGCAGCUAAAGCAAACAUUUUCACCGCACCGCAGAUCCUGGAUCCACUUCAGACUGAGACGGAUUAAUGUCCCACUUUGCCCCAUUUAUUAUUUAUAGUCACUUUUAGCUGCUGUCUCUGAGUCCAGCUCAAACAGCAGCUGUUUUUAUACGACCCGCUCUGUGUUUGUUCUUUUCUCUCAUUUCCACGUUUUAAAGUCUCUCCGCCUCUGUCCCCCCCCACACACACACAGAACCUGGUGUUUGCACAGUCUUCGGAGACCCUCACUACAACACCUACGACGGCAGGACCUUUAACUUUCAGGGGACUUGUCAGUACGUGUUGACACGUGACUGUGGUGGCGCCCCCUCUGGAGGACCAGGGAAUAACAUCAACGGUCCAGACUCCAGCUUCAUGGUAGGACGAGAGUUUCAGUGUUUUUUAUUGUUUUCAGACGGGGUGAUAUGAAUCGUGUUUCUAUAGGGUGACCAUAUGUCCUCUUUUACCCGGACAUGUCUUCCAGCCUUGUCCGGGUAAGUUUAUAAAAUUUUUCAAAUGUUUCACUUAGUUAGAAGCGUGUAAAAAAACACUCGACUUGACCCACAAAACUCUCAAAAUUUAUUACGCGUGACUCUGCAACUCGGUGACUCCGGCCCUGCGUAGUCGUGUCAUCUUUUUGGGGAUUCAGAAUAUGGUCACCCUCGUUUAUAGGCGGUAAAGAAAUACCCAAGGAUGUGUUUUUCUUUAGCUCUUAGCAUCAGCUCUUGAAACUGGCCGCCUUUUGUAAACAAUAAUAGAAAUUAUUCACGGCACACCUACUCCAUUUUCCUGGAAAAUCAUCACUGAGGUCAAGAGUGUCAUGUGACGGUCAGGUGUCGAUGAGAGCGACCUCUGCUGGACACCCUGAUGCACUGAUGAGCUGAAUGUCCUGAAUCCGAACAGCUGAUUAGAGUUUAAAUAUGAAGUUUUCUCUUCCAGGUUCUGAUACAAACUGGAAUUUCAGAAUAAAAGUCUCCGCUCAGGCUUGAUUCAAAAACAGGCAGAAUGGGGUUUAAUCGAGGCAGCUUCUAGUGGACACUUGAGGAACUGCAUUUUUUUGCUCCACUGCGUUGGUUUUGAAUUUAACAUCAGAGGUCACUGAUAGGUUUACUCCAGUGAGCAAAACUGCUAGUUUAACUGUUUUCUACUGUAACUACGUAAAGAAGAAACCAGGAAAAGUGACCUAGCAUCGUAGAAGAUCGUGUUUAGAGGUGGACGAUUAGUUAAUUUAUCUAUUUGGUCGAAACUCCUUAAAAAGAAGAGAAAGUCUCUGGUAUGUCGGAGCGAAACUUUGGAACAACUACCAAACCGUUUCUUGACCAUCACUUUGCAGGAAUUCGUAAAAAUCUACGUCGAGAUGUUUUAACUUUCAGGUUCGACUGUUUCUGUCAAUAAGUCAAAGUCUUUGAACGUUCAGGUGUUGGUGAAGAAUGAUGCCCGACGUACUCGCUCCUUCUCCUGGACUCAGUCUGUUGAGAUCCGGCUGGGAGAUCUGACCCUCAGUCUCCACCAGCACCUGACGGUCCGGAGAAAUGGCACCCGCAUCGCCCUGCCUUACCACGGUCCUGGCGUGCACAUCGACCUGGACGGAUACCUGCUGAAACUCACCACUAUUGCAGGUCAGCAGACGUCACUGUUCUCAGAGUUCAUGUCGUAGGUUUUGAGCGUCCUCUCAAACCCCUGUCUCUUGGUCUCUGCAGGUCUGGAGAUCACCUGGGACGGGGACAGUUUUGUGGAGGUCGUGGCCGCCCCUCAUCUUCGUGGACGCCUCUGCGGCCUUUGUGGGAACUACAACGGCCACAAACGAGACGACACCAUGGGGGGUGACGGCCACUUCAAGUUCGACGUGGACGAGUUUGCUGAGUCAUGGCGGGUCGAGGGUAACGAGGUUUGCUCCCAGCAGCACCCGCCUCGCAGACCCACUUCCUUCUUGUGUCCCGGCAGCGUGAAAGUGAAGUUUCGCGCCCACCGAGAGUGUCAGAAGAUCAAAUCCUGGGAGUUUCAGAAGUGCCACCGUGUGGUCGACUUUGCUCCUUUUUACAGGUGAGAAACCCGCGAUCUCCACCUUCAUCCUGAUCGUCUCCUAAAAGGUCGUAUCCUCCGAUCGUAGCUGAUCGUAACCAUUCAAGUUAACGUGUCAAUUUACACCGACUUCUUUCCGUUCCUCUGCGGAUCGCCGGACUCCUCAGCUGAUCACAAGAGUUCUAAGCUGCGUCCGAAUUGCCAAGUAGUAGUCGAAGUAGUAUCUAGCAUGUCCGAAUUGGCCACCGGAGCGAGUAGCAUGCUACUUCAGAUACUACUUCAGAUACUAGACACGCCCACAUUGUAGGUUGGUCUCGGUGCAUCCUACGGGCAUGCUACUGACCCAAAAUGCACCGCGGGCUUCUUCUUCGUCCUCUUAAAAGUUGUAGAAGCGCAUGGGAUGCUAGCGCCACCAGCUGCUCUGUCUAUUUAAAUGUGUCGCGAACGCCGGCUGGCCACAGCAGCGCGCACCAUGUCGGAGCAGCAGCAGCAGGCGGGACCGCAGCAGUACAGAUGUAAGUUUCAUGUAACUUCACACACUGUCCUAAAAAAUGUGCGGUUGUAUCUCUUUGUCAUGUCAUGGUGUCAUAUUUGCCCAAGUAAUCAUUUUAUGAGUAAAUAAGUGGCGACAUCAUGGAGGUAAAGCUCACUUAUUCCAUCAUUGAACUGCACAGCUGCAGUACUACAGCCAGGCCCGCAGAUGAGGGGCUUCAGUUACCACUGUCUGCACGGGCGCAGUACCUACUCUCUGCCUGCGGGGGUCGUCUUUCCCCACCGCUCGUCUAGUGUGUCCGAAUUGGGCCAACGUUUUUAGUAUGUAGGAGUAGGAUCUAGCAGUAGCAUGUAGUAUCCGAGCGGGCAGUUCGGACGCAGCACUAUUUUUUCUGGACGCCGGAGCAUGGCGGAUAAAUUCAGCACAGAUUAACCCGUGCUGGAAAGGAAGUCGGGCACAGACACAAAAUAAAACAUCCUGCUUCUUUUCAAAAUAAAACACUCCGUGUUUCAGGAGGAUCGUAUUUCACACCAUGCAAACGGGCGGAGACGAACAAGUGAAAGGUUUUUAGACGUCAUUUCACCCUGAUGACACCAUGGAUGAGGAGAUGCUGAUUCUAGAAGUCUAGAAGUAGAUUUCCUCCUCUGGAAGGACACAAUCUACUGCUUAUAUGGUUAGCCUCUGUGGCUAAAGACAACUCGUUAUCGCACGAUUGCACGUGAAUCUGCAGGUUCUUGUGAGUUCUCAUGACUCCCGCUGUCCGUAAAUCCGCCGCAAAAUUCACCUCACAAAUGGAUCCAGUAGGAAUUGGCGUACGGCGAAAAUUACCACCGUUCCUGAUCGGAGCCGUUCUGGAUGCGGUGAUAAAUCUAAGUGUAAACAUCAAGAUCAUCUGUUAAAGCUGAUGUUUAGUCUUAUAUAAAAUGAGAAACAGCCCAAAUGUAAAAUAAACCCGGUCCGUCUCCAGAGUCAUGAUCCUCCUCCUCUUCCUCCUCUUCAGGUCGUGUGUCACAGACAUGUGCGAGUGUCCGGUCCAUAAAAACUGCUACUGUGAGUCCUUCAUCGCCUACAGUCGGGCCUGUGAGAGGGAAGGCGUUCCUGUCAGCUGGAGGCCCGACACCGCCUGUACAGGUGAGUCAAGUUUAAAGUCAAAGACAGGAAGUGUCCCGUCAGCUCGGUGUCUGAUUCUGUUGUCUCCUCUCAGCCACUCAGUGUAAACACGGAGCGGUCUACGACACCUGCGGACCGGGCUGCACCAAAACCUGCGACAACUGGAACGAGAUCGGACCGUGUCACAAGCCCUGCGUGGCCGGCUGCCACUGCCCCGCCAACCUGGUGCUGUUUCAGGGACGCUGCAUCAAACCCACAUCCUGUCCUGGACGGUGACCCUUGUGAUCCAGGCGGGAGGGAGGAUGAUUGACAGUCAGGCGUAACCGUUUAUAGUAUCAGAGUCAUGGGGCCAAACACGCCGAGACGGUUUUAGGAGGGUCUCUGUGGAGAGAUCGGGCAUGAAGAGGUACUCAGGGUUUGUAUCUGCACAAAGGGGAAGCUGCAGCAGCUCCAGAGGAUGGAGACGCAUGGCCUCCGCCUCCUGUAAUACCAGUUACCACCACCUGGAGGUGCUAAUUCACUCUGAAAUAGGAAACACUGAACUCCCUGGAGGAACUCUGUUUGGAGAUUUUACAGCCUCUUCUAUCAGAGGAACAUUUUUCCACACUACCGAAGACUUCUGGGAAACAUGUCGGGGCCGAUGGACUCCUGGUGGAGCCGACAUGGCGUCCGAGUUUCUCUCAAAAACUCUCAAAAGUGUGAAACUGAACUUCUGAUGAUUUCGACCCGCCCUCAUGAACUCUCCUCCAUCGUUUCAUCCUGUAAGCUAACCAGAUUUAUAUGAAAGACAGACAGCUUUUAUAUUAUUAUUGUUCUAAUUAUUAUUAAUAUUAUUAUUAUUAUUAUUUGUUGCUGAUGUUGUUAAUUUAUAUCACGGUCUGAUGGUAUGUCGUAGCGAGAGCCAAAAUCAUGAAUAUAAUUGCGUUACAAAUGAUUUAAAGGGAAACAAAAGCUAUUUAUGUAUUUGUCGUGUACUUUGGUGUUUCUGUUUGAAGAGAAAAGCCCAAAUGUGAGUCUGUUGUUUCGCCAUCGCAGGGAUAAAGUACUGUAUCGUGUUCUGCUCCGUGUACAGGUUGUUGUGGUUCGUAUCAAACUGAAGGUGUUCAUCUUAGCUUCUGUUUCACUUGACGAUAAUUAUUUAAGACCAGCAGUGUAAUCUUUAAUCGACCUUUUUCUGACUGUCGUCACUCAAACUUUCUAAAACGAUCUGACCAAAAGUUCGAAUCUCUGAGGAGUUUUCUGAAGUCUUGUUUAUUUAGUGAAGCAGAUUCUUUCAUUUGAAGAGUUUCCCCAAUAAAAUUUAAAAAUGAUCAAAUAUCACCAAUAAAAUUGUUCCUCUACAAAUGA